AUGUUGGAUUUCUUUAGCAUUCUUUCGAAGGGCGGCCUGGUUCUUUGGUACUUCCAGGCGGACCUGCUCAAACUCGACUUUCAAGCAGCGGUGAAUGAGAUGAUCAAAUAUGCCCUCAUCGAUAAAAACUCGGGGACAUUUCACUAUGACAAGCUGGCCCUGCAGAGUGAGUUGGACAACGAAUUUGAUCUGGUGUUCAUUGUUGGCUAUCAGAAUUUUCUCCAGUUGGCGUAUAUUGACAAGCUCUUAACUGAAGUCAAGAAGAGGUUUAGGGACAUGUACAAGAAUCGUUUGGAGGACGGAAUCGCUGGUCAUUUGGAAACGAACUUCGACGGAUUCGACUCUGUGUUUAAGAAAACCCUGGCCCAAGUAGAGUACGACUCUAAAAAUGCAGUACCAAAGAAGCCCAGAGCUUUCCAGCAGUCCGAGAAAAGCAGUAAGACGAUCAAGGGCUCUGGUUUGAUCGAGACAAAAGAAGAGAAGAAGCGAAGAGAGCAGGAGGAAAGCAGAAUGAAGCAGCUUGACGAGCCCGACGAAGACGAGAUCCAACGAAACAUAGAAAGGAUGAAGGGCAGCUAUGGAAAAUCGCCGAAGCCCGCGAAAAAGGAGAAGGGAAAGAAAAAGAAGGAAGCGCGCAAAUGGCCCGGCGAAGGCACCAAGGAGGACUUCAAGGAGCUUGAUUACAGCAAAAAGAGCGAAAGCAACCUUGCUGCUGACGUGAUCAAGCCCACGACGGAGGACAAGGAGGCCAAGGGAACGAUGAAAGGCGAAGUGAAAGGCCUCGCUGUUGAAGAACUCGACAUUGACUCAAAUACCUCUGCUUCUUCCAGCUCAAUGUUGAGCAUGUUCAAAACUCUGGUGAGCCAGAAAGAACUCACCGAAGCUUCCAUCGACCCGAUUCUACAGAAGUACAAGGAUAACUUGAUUUCGAAAAACGUUGCAUCUGAGAUUGCAACAAAGCUUAUUUCCGCUGUAAAAAACAAGCUCGUUGGCCAAACAAUCGGCACUUUUUCUUCAAUUAAAAAAGCUGUCUUCAAUGGACUUGAAGAGUCCCUAGUUCAAAUUCUUACACCUCGUCGACGAGUCGACAUUCUUCGCGAUGUUUUACAUGCAAAAGGAGAGGGCAGACCCUAUUCCAUUACCUUCUGCGGCGUCAACGGUGUCGGCAAAUCCACCAACCUGGCUAAGAUCUGCUUCUGGCUGGUUGAAAACGGUUUCCGCAUCAUGAUAGCCGCGUGCGAUACAUUCCGCGCUGGAGCUGUUGAACAGCUCAAAACGCACGUCCACCGAAUCAACGGAGUCCAUGCCGACUCUGUCAAGCUUUUCGAGCAGGGAUACGGAAAGGAUCCUGCCACUAUUGCCAUGCACGCGAUUUCUGCUGCGCGCGAUCAGGGCUACGAUGUUUGCCUCAUUGAUACUGCCGGCCGUAUGCAGGAUAACGAGCCUCUUAUGCGUGCUCUUGCCAAGUUGAUCGCUAUCAACCGGCCUGAUGCUGUCCUUUUCGUCGGCGAAGCUCUUGUCGGAAAUGAUGCUAUCGACCAGCUCACCAAGUUCAACAAAUCCCUAGCCAAUCAUAGCCAAAGUACUAAUCCUCGUUUGAUCGACGGAAUCGUACUUUCCAAGUUCGACACAAUAGACGACAAAGUCGGUGCCGCUAUUUCCAUGACGUACACAACCGGGCAGCCAAUCGUCUUCAUCGGCACCGGGCAGACCUACAAAGACUUGAAUUCCUUGAACCCGAAAGCCGUCGUCAAUCUUCUUCUCCGCUGA